AAUUUUAACAAGUUCUUAAUUAUUAAAGUUAUAAAAGUUUUUUUGCGGGCAAAAAAGUUGGUACUAGUGUUAUAUUCUGGUUGCUGCCUGGCGUCUGCUGCGAUUAUUUCUAUUUGGCAUUUGAUUGCGUGAGUGCAACACAGGUUACUUCGUUUAUAAGUUAAUAUUUAAUACUCAUUUUAAAAAAAUGAAGGUGCCACCAAAGUUCACACCACAGAAGCCCCACAGAAUGGCUAUAAUUGCAACUAGUUCAGCAAUUGCUCUAUCAAUGGGAUCUUUUCUCAUUGAGUUCCUGCCUCAUUCAUUUUUCUUGGACAAAUAUAAAAAUUUAAUACAUUUAGAAAGACUUGGAAUUCCUGUUCAGCUAGAUACAAAAAUUGUAAAUCUUUUUGAUAAAGUCAUGGAAGAUUUAAAAGUGUCUGAACAUCUAAAAAAGAAAUUUGAAGCAUUCGCAAUAACAGGAUUUAAUCUACAUCAUGCUGGAUUUCCUGAUAGUAGAUUUGGUGCAAUAGUUGGAAUACCUAAUCAUUUUACUUAUCAAGAGAAAAGUGAUGUAGAUUAUGUAGAUAUUCGUUUAGGCUAUGACCGAAAACCUUUAAACUUAUAUCAUCCAGCAACAGAAAAUUUGAUCAAUUCCCUGGUACUGUCAGAAAAGGCUAAAAAAUUUGGGAUUGCUAGGGAAGUUUUAAUGUCUCAAAAACAAUUACCAUUGUACAAAUCUCUAGAAUCGCCAGCAGUAAUUACGCUAUCAGUGCUUGGUGCGGAAUUAUUAAGAACAAAAAUGAAAUUGCACAACAAACCUUGGACAUUUACAAUUUUAACUUACCUUGCCACAAGUACAGUAGCAUAUGCUGUAUGGUUUCAAAUAAGAGACAGUCUCAAAACUUAUUAUGAAAAAAGUGUUGAUGAGCAGCUUGCAAAAUUAGGAAAAGAAUAUAUUGAAGGUGGAAAAGAAUUUUAUGAUAAGUUAAUAUCACGCAACAUUGCAUUAAGAGCUUUACUAGGUCCUCAAGGAGCAAAAACAUUCAAUAGAGAUGGAGAUGAGCAAUUCCUAAUUCGAGUUAAGACAGUUCCAUUAUCUCAAAGAAAAAAAUUCUUUUAUGAAUUUAAAGAAGAAAAUGAAUCGUAAUAAGUUGUACAGUUACCAAGCAGUUGUUGACAGGAAUUAAUAAUAAUUUGAUUGAUUGUAAAAUUUAAUUUACUUGUACAUAAAGUCAUUUUUAAAUAAAAUUUAAUAAUUACACUAUUAUUUACAAUGGUAUUUCAUAUUUGCCAUCAAAAUUUGAAUAAAUAUUAACAUAAGUUGAUGGAAUGCUUUCAUAA